AUGUGUUUACUGCUUUCUUUCUCUUUUCUCUGUAUUUAUUCAAAUUUGUCUAUUUCAAACUGUUUCUCUCAGUCUAUCUCGCUCUUUUCAAAUCUAAUUGUUGUCAUUUCUAUUUAUCUAUUUAAAAUUUCUUUCUUUUAUCUUGUCAUUCUUUCUUUCCAUUCUUUUCUUUCUUACUCUCGCUUUCUUUCUUUUUCCUUGUCGCUCUUUCUUACUUUUAUCUUGUCUUUCUUUCUUUCUUCUUGUCUUUCUUUAUUUUAUAUUUUCUCUCUUUCUUUUUUUCUUUCUUUCCUUUUUUCUUGUCGUUCGUUCUUACUUUUAUCUUGUCUUUCUUUCUUUAUUUUAUCUUUUCUUUCUUUCUUUCUUUCUUCCUUUCUUUCUUCCUUUCUUUCUUCCUUUCUUUCUUUCUUUCUUUCUUUCUUUCUUUCUUUUUUUCUUUAUUUAAUUUCUUUUCAUAAUGUUUAUAUUUCCGCCUCCCCCUUCUACUUGGCCCGCUCGUCUUACGCUAUUCCUAACCGAAGUUCCUCUCAGCUUCGACUCAUAUUUUCACCUGUUUUAUUUUGCAACCUUUUAUUCAUUUCUUCUUUUAUUACAUUUACCCGAUAUCUCAACUUCUAUUUUUAUCGUUACUAA